AUGUCUCUUGAAGAAGGCAAGCGUAAGCGCUCCAACAUAAAGCGCAACAUUUCGCGUAUUAAAUCGAUCGUCGAAGCGGCAAGGGAGUCAGAUGAUAAACUUACCAAUGCUGAGCUUCAGUGUCGACUAGGAAUACUGGAAUGUUACUUCAAGCAGGCCUUAUCCGUCCAAGCUGACAUUGAGGAUUUAGAUCCACUUGACAACGGCCGCGCAGAUCUGGAAGAUAGCUACGUAGCAGUUAAGCUGAAUAUCCAAGCGCAACUUGGAGAAGAUGCUAACAGUACAGUGCACUUUCCCGAAACGUCAACAGCAGCAGUUGUUAAGCCCUCGUCGCAUCUGCCAAAACUAACAUUGUCAACAUUUAGCGGCGAUUACGCAGACUACAAGAAUUUUAUUACUUCAUUCACCCAGAUCAUUGCUCGUGAACCAAGGCUGUCGAACAUCGAAAAAUUUAAUUACCUGUUGACUUGUUUAAAGGGUCCCGCGCUAGAAACGGUUCAUGCAUUCCAAGUCACUAGCGAAAACUAUCCGAAGGCUUUGGAUAGGCUCAAGCAACGGUUCGACAACCCAACGUUAAUUUUUUUGGAAGGUAUUGCCUCACUGUUUUCAUUACCGGCACUGGAAAGGUCGAACGCUCAACAGCUGCGCAGUUUAAUAGACAAGGCAUUGGCAAUUGUUAGCUCCUUGGAGUCAGUAGGAACGUUUGCAAACAUCGCACAUGCAUUGCUAAUUAACAUUGUGAUGGGCAAGUGUGAUCAGCAAACCAGGAGCAAAUGGAACGAGUCUCUGGACUACAAGUCGCUUCCAACUUGGUCACAGUGCACUCAAGUCGUGGAACGACAUUGUCAGUUCUUGCACUCAUGCGAGGCAUCGUCACAACGAAAACCCGAGUCUGGCAAGCAAAAUCGCGCAAGCAAUCGCAUGCAAAAUUCGUCAUUUGCUAUCACUAACUCUAAUUGUGUUCUUUGUUCCAGUUCCAACCAUAAACUCGUCAGUUGUUUGAGGUUUAAGGAGAUGAACACAAAUCAACGCUUUGAUCUCAUCAAGAAGAUUGGGUACAUUGCCUUCAUGGAAGAGUACGAAAGUCUUGGCCACAUGUCAGUAGUAGCACACCCCAACUUGAAAGAGCCACACUACUAUAUGCCACAUCACUGCGUGCUUAAACCUAGCAGCACGUCAACCAAAUUGCGAGUAGUGUUUGAUGCCUCGUGCCGCACCUCAACACAAACAUCAUUGAACGAUCAUUUGUUAGUGGGGCCCACAAUUCAACAAGAUUUAUACAUGCUUCUAUUACGUUUUCGUCUGUAUCGUUUCGCCAUCACCGCAGAUAUCACUAAAAUGUACAGGGAACAGAGUAUCGGAUAUACAAGAGUUGACUGUAGGUGGACACUGGAGAUACGUACCAAUGCGCGAGAAUCCUGCGGAUCUUGUAUCUCGAGGUUUUCCGGUCCAGCUUUUUUGUUUCAAGAUCAGACUAAAUGGCCAAAUCAAAAACCACCAGUUGACCUCGACGGAGACGUCAUCAAUUCGGAAAAACGCAAAACGACACUUACCACAAUGAUGGAGACAAACUACAUUCUCAACAUCAUCAAUGGCAUUAGCUCGUACCCCCAUUGCUUACGUCUAGUCGCCUGGUUAUUCCGGUUUUUUGAUUCGUCCAGCAAGAAAUCAAGGUUCACUACCGCUUCACCAUCGCCUGACGAAUUGCGACGCGCUUCACAUUGCUUAACAUGGAACGUUCAACAGCAUCACUUCUCUGUCGACUUUCAGUUACUAAAGAAAAAUCGAUCAUUAAAAAGUAAUUUAAAAUUUUUGACUCCAUGUAUAGACACUUCGACUGGAUACGAGCUUAUCAAGGUUGGUGGCCGUCUGGACUACACCGAAUUACCAGACAGCCAAAAACAUCCAUUGCUGUUGCCCAGUAAUUCACAAUUUAUUUUGACGUAUGUACGCCAUUUACAUCUUCGCAAUUACCAUGCAGGCCCAAAAGCCUUAGUCGCCUUGAUCCGCCUUGAAUAUUGGAUUGUCAACGCCAGAGAUUUGGCCCGUCGCGUCGUUCGUUCGUGUGUGCAUUGCGUUCGAUACAAGCCCACCUUGCUGCAGCAAGUAAUGGGACCCCUACCAAGAGAGCGUGUCCAACCAACACGUCCAUUUGAACGCUGCGGAAUCGACUUUUGCGGACCAAUAAGCACUUACCUGCGAGUCCGAGGAAAGACACCUACCAAAUCAUACUUGGCGAUAUUUGUUUGUCUUGUCACUAAGGCGGUUCAUAUUGAGGUGGUCUCGGACUUGUCUACAAAAGCAUUCCUGAACGCUCUAAAACGUAUGGGUGGUCGGCGAAAGAUGCCGUGCCACAUUUUCUGCGACAACGCCACGAAUUUUGUAGGAGCAUCCCACCAUUUGCAAGAGGUCAAACAAUUUUUGUUCAAGCACGAAACCCAGAACGAAAUUAACAAAUAUUGCUCUUCCGAUUUUAUUAAUUUCCAUUUUAUCCCACCUAGGGCACCCCAUUUUGGCGGCCUCUGGGAAGCAGCAGUUAAAAGCGCAAAGGGACUGCUCUAUCGCACAUUGGCUAAUACAAGAUUAACAUAUGAAGAACUGAGCACUGUAGCUGUGGAAAUAGAGGCCAUACUAAACUCGCGUCCGGUCUCACCGCUAUCAUCAGAUCCCAAUGACUUUGAAGCACUCACUGCUGGACAUUUUUUGGUCGGGUCAUCGCUACGUGCCCUACCCGAAAGCUCACUCGAAGAGAGAAAUAUCUCGAAUUUGGAUCGAUACGAUAUGAUUACGGCCAUCAAGCAACGCUUUUGGCGCCGCUGGUCUUCAGACUAUGUCAAUGAACUACGCUCACGAGUCAAGUGGACGACACCUACACCCAAUCUUGCAGAAGGUACGCUAGUGAUCAUCCACGACGAUAACCUCCCACCACAACGCUGGAAGCUUGGUCGCGUUGAGUCGACCGUACGUGGACGAGAUGGUCACGUUCGAGUUGUGCGCCUCCGCACUACUAAUGGGAGCUGUUGCCGGCCUGUUCACAAUCUUGCCAUCCAGCCAGUGUCUUGA